UUCACAGGUUAGCGCCAUUCCAUUUCCUUUUUCACGUUGCUUUAAAGCAGAAAAGGGUCUAACAAAUUUUACCCACGAAAACACACAAAAACUACACACAAAAGAACAUCAGUUUCCCGAACCAAAUGAACCGAUCAACCAUUCCAAUUAAAAAUCCAAAGACAGAAUUAUGUCCCCUCUCCCUAAGCCAUACACUAGUACUCCUCCGUAAUGAUGGGAGCAUAUAACACGCAAAGAAGAGCAAAUGCCUCAUAUGGCGUGGUGUUACUGAAGGAUGUGGCAUAAUUCUGUAGCAUGUUUAGAAAUUUAUAUGUAGGUUAUUCUACUUGCUGAGAGACCGCCCCUCAAAAAAAAUGGUAGAACCUGCGUUGAGUCACAUCACAACAUCAUUGGCACGUACAUGAAACAGCAUGGCCUCAACACAAACCGUGACUGUCACUGCCAUUGCGCAACAGAACAGGUACAUUUAAGCCAAGUUUUGAAAGCUGUUACGACUUUGUUACUUCCUGGUGGUCCAAAUUCCACAUAAAUUUGAUUGCACAUGAGUGGCGACCUUCAAACAACUAACACAGCGGCCAGGAUGACGUACAAAACGUACGCAGCAGUACUGAUAUUAUUGGCUAAAAUCUGCGCCAGUGCGGACGCUAACCCGCCAGAAGUUUGGAAUGUCUCUAUAACAACGUCCCCAGAGGGCCCUGUCCUCGAGGGCAGUAACGUCACGCUCACUUGUGCCGUUAACAGCGACCCACCCUCUGGAGGAUGGCUUGAGUUGCAGCACCGUUUCUGGUAUAGGACCACUACAGUCAGUGAUACGAUAUAUGCAGCGACCAGCCACAAUUUUGAACUUGAAGGAGUCCUCAGGAACCAGACUGGCUUGUACCGAUGUAACGGAAGGCAAAACUUCGAACAAUGGUUUAGGUCCUCAAAUUGGACUUCCGUCAUGGUCCAUUAUCGCCCAACAAUAAUCAAUAAAUACAGGACGUGGAUUGGCGCAGAGGAGACGUACACUGCAACUUUGGAGUGCGUGAUCCAGGGAAACCCCCAACCUAUGGUAAUUUGGUACGGUCUAAACGGAACCAUCAUAACUGCUACCAACGGCUCUGAACUUUCUCUGAACGAUGUCAUUAGCGGGGAUGGAGUCUUUGGAUACCUCGUCAAGAGUCGCCUUACUAUUGACUCUGUGAGGCCCAGCAAAGAUUACGGGAUGUACAGGUGUAGAGCUUCCAACAAUAUUGGCCCAUACGACGAGCAUGAAAUACAGCUAACUAAAACAGGAAAACCCGAGCCGCCACGUAACCUGGAAAUGGUCUAUGUAUCAAGGACGCGCAUAAGAGUCACGUUUGAGCCUGGUUACGACGGUGGCGAGACAUUGCAGUCCGUCUUCGCCAACAUUCGCGAGAUCCCUGGAGAGUUUGACCCCAGUGACUGGAACCGACUCAGUCGGAAUAGCACUUCCUUGCUUUUCGACUACCUCGAACGGGGCACCGUCUACCAAAUUGCCUUGUAUGCAAUCAAUGUCCAUGGCUCUAGUACAUAUGCGAAGAUGAUUGUUUGGACAGAUCACACUGAACUGCAUUCCUUAGGUAUAGACGUGUCGUACAGCAGGGCAAAAGAGAGAUUUGUCAUCACUGGCAUACCACAAGACAACGAUACAGCAACCUGCUUGCGAAUAGCUGGGUAUAACUACGGCAUGAGAAGAUGGAUGAGUCUUGGUUCAGACCUGGAUUGCAUUCAGCAUGAUGGGGAGUUCCCGUACUCUGGUCCGUUUAUCCGAAUGAAAUGUGAAUACUGUCGGGACAAUCGGUGUACCUACUCCAAAAGAAUAUACGAUUGGGACGUGACCAUGACCAUAACUCCACCGGGUCCGGUCGUCGAGGGCACCGAGGUCCAACUCACCUGCAUCAUCAACAGGGAAGAACUUUAUAUCAAAUUGACUCUCUGGCAGUUCAGCCGUGAUCAAAUAUCCUCAACCAAUCUUAAUCGACCGACAUAUGAAAGACCUUACACAACUUUGAGUCUGGGUGACGCAUACAGAAACCAGUCUGGCUGGUACCGAUGCGCUUGGACCAGAUACUCAACACCGUCUAAUUGGAAGCCAAGCGCAUACUCGGAUUGGACUGCUGUUACAGUGUUCUAUCGCCCCGAAAUAACCAUUGAGGGGAGGACGUGGAUUGGUGUUAACGAGAACCAAUCAGCUACAUUUGAGUGCGUAAUCCUGGGCAAUCCCCUUCCUAAGGUCACGUGGUACGGUGCAAAUGGUAUCGCAAUAAGUAACAACACCGAUCCUGGUCGAGUGUACCUGGAAGAUACCAUUACUGGAGAUGAUUUCGCAGGGUUUUUAAUCAAGAGUAAAGUGACAAUCUUUCCAGUGCAGAGCACCGACUAUGGAAUAUACACAUGUAGAGCUGCCAACAAUAUCAGUCAAUAUGAUGAAUAUGAAAUACAGUUGAAUAAAACAGGAAAGCCUGAGGCACCGAAAAAUCUUCGAGCAUACUACUUUGCAGAGAAUGGGAUUCGGGUGGUUUGGGCACCAGGUUACGACGGUGGCGAGACAGUGGAGUUCAAUUACAUCAACAUUCGCAUGAUUCCUCAAGAAUUCGACCCUCUGGGCUGGAAUGAACUCAAUCCAGACAGCCCCCGCGGUAAUUUCAGUGACCUCAAACUGGACACGCUUUACCAAGUAGCCGUGUAUGCAAAAAACAGGCAUGGCUCGGGCCCUUACGCAACAGUUGAAAAGCAUACGAAACCCAAUGCGCCGUCAGUGAUGGGUAUCACUGUGUCAUACAACGUGGCAGAGAGGACGCUCUUUGUCGCCGGAAUGCCAGAAGGUAACAAUACCGGGACCUGCUUGCAGUUGACGGGCUAUGACGUUGAACGCAUCAAGUGGGUGAGUCUGAGGCCAGACCUGGACUGCGUUCAGCAUGAUGGCGAGUUUCAGUACUCUGGGCAGUAUGGCGGCCAUAUGCAUUGCCGGUACUGCAGGGACGGGGUGUGCGGCAAAGAAUCCCAUAUAACAGAGGUGCAUCCGUCGACUACUCUGGCCCCUCAGUCAGCUCAAACGACUAGAGCGAGCGGUAGAAACGGCGAGGCCACUUGGCCGAUAAUCUUGGCCUCCUGUUGCAGUUGCGUACUCGUGGUGGCCUUCAUUGCAUUCUGUAACAGGCUUAGGUUGUGCUGUGUUAAAAUUACUUCAUCAGAAGAGUGUGCUGAACACACUACCCAGCCAAAUACCACUGUAGAGGAGGCACAUCCGUUGAGGGACCCACCUCCAUCUUACUUAGAAACGACUGAAAUGCAGGUUAUUGCCGACGACAGUGAUGAUCCACCUCCGACGUAUGAAUGGGCAUCAUGGAGCUUACAGCAGCAGACUCGGGAUGGAGAGGAACAUCGCGUCUAGGGAUCUUGUUGAUUGUGGUCUUUGCGGCAGAGGGUGUGGCUUAUGAAAGAGAGAACAUUUCUCUCAAUACAGAGUAGUAGAAGGAGAAUCGUUCUGUUAAUCGAAAAUGCAUAUUGUUUUACCUUAUGUAAGCUGACGUGUAGAUUUUUUCUAGAGUUCUUUGUCCCAACUGUGUCCCGGUUUAGGAACAUUCGUGCCUCCAAAGCUUUAGAAGUUCAAUCGUUAGAUACGCUCACUCUCAAAAAAGUCAUAGAUUUAAACGUACGACUGUGCAGCAGUUACUGAAGUGCCAUAACUGGGAUGUUAUGGGAGAAAAAUGGUUGACAACGGUACAGCAAAUUAGACAGCCUCUAAUAUUUAAAACUCACUAUAAGUCUAAAACUUUAGUUUGCAGAUCGAACCACAACUUUAUUUGGUGUUCUUCAUACAAGAAGUAAUCAUGUUGAGCAAGUACGGCCAUAUUUAAAACCUGUUUUUUCGCAUGCCAUGCACAAAUGUGAUUCAGAUCAAGGCAAUAAUAGCAGUAAGAUUGGUGAGAACUUAAUGUUUUUAAAGAGCAGCCGGCUUCGGUAAGAUCCAUUUCCGCGUUUUCUUUAGAGCAGGUUCGAUCGACUAUUUCUAGACAACAGUAUAGGUGUUCAGUUUAAUAAUUCACAAACGUUGUAGGAUUGGCCCUUUCCAUGAAAAUUGAUAUUCAAGGAAAUGGGUAUGGUCAUUUCUUUACUGCAAAAAGAGUUCAUCAGAUAACUUAACUUUGUUUAACUGCAUUUUUAUUUAUGCAUUGCAACUGACGGAGCAGUGUCCGUUUGGCCCCACUACAAUAAGAUCCGUUUUUAAUACCCCAAAGGGCAAGAGUGUAAAUGAAAACCUUAUUCUAGACAGACUGCGUAACGUACUGCACUUCAAAAUAGGUCUUCUGUUUCUUUUUUCACACAGAUAACGGUUGAACUUGCUAAUACAAUAUAAAAAUAUUUCCCUUGUCAAUUUCCCAAAGACCCCCAACGGACUAAGGUAAUGUAACUUAUAUCACAGUGGUCAAAAAUAAAAAUACAGACACACUAAUAUUUAAUAAUGCACUGAAAACUUGGCAUCAUGUAAUAUUCGUUAUAAAUAACGUUUGCAGUGGCAACAUUAGAUACCGCUGUAUCGUUUUCAAAAUAUCAAAGGGAUUCGUUUUACCUUAAGGUCCGUUUAUCCCACUUUUCCUCCUAACUGAUUUCGACUAUUGAAGUACGAAGUGAUAGUUCUACCGACCGAAGAUUGACCUCUUUCCCCGCUCUUUCGCGUGUAGUAUUUAAAACGCGAUAUUUCCACUUUGUUUACUAAUUAUAGAGUUUGAAUACUGUCAAUAGUCCCGCAUAUGUAGUAUACAACUCCACGGCGUACAAAUAAGGGCUUUGUGCUUGUGUACAAGUCACAUGCCCAAACUUUCCACUAAACCUUCAUGACAUCGCGACAAACAGAAUCACUCCAAGAGACGAUUUUUAUAACCUCAGUUGGAGCCCACACUAGGCCCACAUGUACGGAGCAAAGCUGUCACUGCGAACAGGCCAAAAAAGUUUUGGAAACAAGUGAGCUUCUGUUCUGACAGAACAAACUCCUGUUAUAGAGAGAGCCAGAUCGUCACGGUACGCCACGACUAAGUACAUCGAGUAGGUGUACAAGAUUACGCUCAUGUCCUGUGCGAACUUGUGAACUAAGACCCGUUGUUGCAGACUAAUAUUAAUGAGGAUAAGGCCAAUUUAUGACUACGACCAUUAACAACCACUGGGGCGACUUUUUAAAUAAUGUCUGGACUAUGUUGAGCAAGUAGGAGCACUCAAGGCUCGAGAGAAAACGUUUGUUGUGGAAAUCUGAGACAACCAUAGACUUGACAAAGUGUGACCACCACUUAAAACGGCAAGAUGUGCUUACAAUGCAUUCAGGUGAAUCACUGUAAUGUCUGAACGGUUGGACGGAAGACCACGACCAUGGUCUUUCUUGGAAUAAUUGUUAUCAAUGGUAAUAAUUUUUAUUAAUGUUGUAUUGUGUUAUACCUAUGGGUCUUUUCUAACAAUUCGUUCUCAGACUGUGUUCAGUUUGAUCAUUAUGAUACAAUGUAAAAAACUAUGAUUUAGUUUUUUAUCAAUGUUGUAUUGUCUUGUACUGUAUUAUUAAUGUUGUUAUAUAAUGCAAAUUAUCAAUAUUGACGGGUGAAUGAUAUCAGGGUCUAGUCUAAGUCGCCCUCUGACACGCCACAUGGAUAUUUUCUCCACUUUUCCCCAUCGUUUGAUUUUUCAUUUAUAGUUUUGUCGAAUUAAACCAAUAUUCCAUGUAA